AUGCCCGACGCAGAUACCCGGCGCAAUCGAAUCGACAUGGCGGAUCCCUUGUAUCUAGGAUUCGACCUGUCCACCCAGCAGCUCAAGGCCGUCGUCGUAAACUCGCACCUCAAAACCAUAGCCCAGGCCAAAGUGGACUUUGAUGGCGACUUCUCCAGUCACUAUGGUGUCCAGAAAGGCGUCCACGUUCGCCAGGAAUCCGGAGAGGUCUUUGCCCCCGUUGCCAUGUGGAUGGAGUCUCUCGAUCUUGUGCUGCAACGUCUACGCGCCAGCAUGCCCGUCCCCAUGUCUCGCAUCUGUGGCAUCAGCGGUUCGGGCCAGCAGCACGGCAGCGUUUACUGGAAUCGCGAGGCCGAGGGUUUGCUGAAAAGCCUGGACCACGAGAAGGACCUGGCGGAGCAGCUCUCCGCCGCUCUGGCCCACCCGUGGUCUCCUAACUGGCAGGACCAGAGUACGCAGAAGGAGUGCGACGCGUUUGACGCCGAGUUGGGGGACAGGCAGAAGCUGGCUGUGGCCACGGGAAGCGGUGCACAUCAUCGCUUCACUGGUCCCCAGAUUAUGCGGUUGAGAGAAGCUCUCCCCCACAUGUACGCCAGCACGAGUCGGAUAUCGCUCGUAUCAUCCUUCCUCGCCUCCAUUUUGCUGGGAUCCAUUGCCCCGCUGGAUAUUGCAGACGUGUGCGGCAUGAACCUAUGGGAUAUCCCCAAUCAGAGAUACUGUCCCGAGCUUCUGGCCUUGGCGGGCGGCAGAGGCGGCGGCGAGGCCCUGCGCAGCAAGCUGGGGGAACCGCGAGUCGACGGUGGUGGCUCCCUGGGCAACAUAUCGCCCUACUACGCCCGCAAGUACGGCUUCAGCCAAGACUGUCAGAUUGUUCCUUUCACAGGCGAUAACCCGGCCACUAUUCUGGCGCUGCCGCUGCGGCCGCUGGACGCCAUCGUCUCCCUCGGCACCUCCACCACGUUUCUCAUGAACACGCCCGCUUACAGGCCCGACGAGUCGUAA